AUGGACGGCCCUCACAAGCAAGAGUUCCACGUCCGGGACCUGCCUACUCGCUCUGUCACCCUCUUCCCAGCCCGGGCCCAGGUCGUACGAGACAUCAGAGAUGUAGUCCUCAAGCCAGGUGCCAACGAAAUCACAGUCGUCGGCCUGACCCCGACUGUGGAUGAACACUCUAUCAAAGUCGAGGGAACCGGCUCGGCCAUCAUCACUGACAUGACCGUCGAGCUGUUACCCAACCGCGACAUCUUCCAGGAAAUGUACCCGGACUCGGACUCGGACCACUCAGACAAAGAGGAGUCUGACGAAGACGGUGACGAUGAGACCGUCGUCGUCGAGGCACUCGAGGAGGUGCGCGAUAAGCUGGCCGCAUUGGGCGACGAGCAGAAGCGCGCCAAAGAGGUCAUUGCUAGCGCCGAGAGCCGCCUGAAGAUCCUUGACACCUACAGCACUUCGCUCGACAAGAAGUGUGGUGUCGACAUCGAGGCCAGCGUGGAAAGCUACCGCAAGGAGCGCGAGAAGGUCUUCACGGACCACAUGGAGGGCAUCGUCCGCGAGCGCGAGCUGGCCAAGGAGAUUACCAACUUGCGGCGUGAACAAGCGCGGCUUGAGAAGCUCCAGGCAAAGCAAGCCAGUAAGGCCGCCAAAGAGAAGGCCAAGACCAAGAGGGCCAAGGAGAAGCUGAGGGAGAAGGAGCGCAGACGGAAGGCAGAGCGGCAGAAGGAGAAGGCCCGGAUCCGCAAGGAGCGGGAGCAGUUUUGGCCCCGGUUCUGCUAUACAGUUCGCAUCAGCCUCGACACCGGCGCGACUUUCACGCCGGGUUCGUCUCGCCGCAGCUCCAUCGCUAGUGCUACCGAUGUGCAUCUUGUCUCUGACAAGGAGGCCAAGGAGGAGGAGGAGGAGGAGGAGGGGGCGGCCGCCAGCAUGACCUGCGACCUGAUGCUUUCUUACGUCACCUCGUCGGCCUUCUGGGCCCCGAGCUACGACCUGGCGCUGUCGUCGACGGCGAAUACAGCAACGCUGUGCUUCGAUGCGCGCUUGACUAACAUGACGAGCGAGACAUGGUCCAACUGCAAAGUGAUCCUCAGCACCUCGCAGGCCAGCUUUUCGGGCUUGCAGGACGAUACGCCGACUCUGGUCCCGUGGCGGCUUAAGAUCUUCGGCAAGGGGGGUCCCUGGGACGCGGCAGACAUUGUGCACAGCCGGGAGGAGAGAGCGCAGAAGCAGAUCUGGAACUCGGCCCGGAAUGCCAUGGACCAGCAAAAGCCUCGCGCGGGCCUGUUCGGGAUAAGCGAGGCGUUGCAAGACUAUGCGCAGCAGCUGGCAAUGCUGGAAGCGCAAAACCGAGCACGAAUGCAAAUGGCACAGCAAGUUCAACAGCAAAGAGCCGCCAAGGUCUUCAGGUCCAUGGCAAAUCCGAACUCGAUGGGUGGCCCUGCUUUUGGCUCCCAACAGGCCGCUGUCUCCAACAGCGGCUUCGGUCAGCCAGGCUUCGGCUCCCUCAACAAUGCUGCGACCGCGGUGGGAGCUCCCAACAACGUGCCACCGGCAGGAUCAGGCGUCACCUUCGGUUCGUCAGUAGCACCGAAACCGGCGGGAUCGGGUGGUGGCCUCUUCGGGUUAUCCCAGACCGUUCAGGGCCCAUCAGCCUUUGGCGGCACAAGCGGCGGCAGGGUAACCGAGGCCGAGGAGGUUCAACAGAUCAGCCAUGACACAGGCGGACAUGACGAAGCGGACGAUGCCCAGACCAUGCUCGAGCCGGCCCCCGUCGUCGCCUUCCAAGAAUCGUCCUUCGAAGAGACCGGCCUGACGGCAACCUACGACCUCCCGCACCUGAAGACGCUCAAGCCGUCGCCGACGGCGUCCAAGCAGCGCGUGGCGCGCAUCUCGUUCAGCCACGUCACCUUCUCGCGCACCGUCGUGCCCAAGUACAAGCCGGCGGCCUAUCUGAAGGCGCGGCUCCGCAACACGAGCAAGAUCACGCUCCUGAGCGGGCCGACGGGCCUGACGCUCGACGGCACCUUCCUCGGCCGCGCCACGCUGCCGCGCUGCAGCGCCGGCGACAGCUUCCACGUCCCGCUGGGCAUCGACCCGGCCAUCCGCGUGGCCUACCCGAAGCCCGACAUCGCGCGCAGCACGACGGGCAACGUCUUCACCGCCAAGGGCGAGAGCAACGUGUACACGCGGUCGGUCACGCUGGUCAACACGCGCGCGCAGGCCGGCAGGCCCCCCGUGUCGGUCACCGUGCUGGACCAGGUGCCCGUGUCGGAGGACGAGAAGAUCCGGGUGGACGUGCUGCAUCCGCCGGGCCUGCAGCGCGGCGGGCCGGUGGCGACGGGGGUGUCGGGGAAGGUGGAAGCGUCGGCGUCGGCGUUGGGGGAGAAGGGGGAGAAGGGGGAGAAAGGGGAGGAUAAGGAUUGGGGACGGGCGACGGCGGCACUGAGUGGUAAAGCCGGCGAGGUGGCGUGGGAUGUGGUCCUCAAUGCUGGGAGGAGUGUCAAGUUGGUGUUGCAGUACGAGGUUGCAUUCCCGACGGGGGAGAGGGUAGCGCAGGUUAACUAA